AUCACUCCUCUACUUCUACUUUUACGAUUCACCUAAUGCAAUUUCAUAUUGAUUGGCAGUAAGCAUUGUCGGUGAAACUGGCAGUUGGGUAUCGCCGACGAUGCUCCGUUGCUAUGGCAGGGGAUUUCCGCAGUGGAGCCGUUUGAAUCAAAACCACUGUAAAAAGAAGAUGGCUGGGAACCGUGUCAGCAGCCUCGAUUCCGGUGAAGGAUAGACCUGGAAAGAAGAAAUUUGUCUUCUGGUUAUUCCUGACACUUGAUUUCAUCAUCGCUUUUGUUAACUAUAUCACUGAAACUUGCUUGAAUGCGAGUUAUUGAUCGUCGAUAAUCUACUGCUACACUCUAAUCGCAUGCGAUAGCAAUCCAUUGAACAAGACAAGCUCUUCAUAGAACGUAACGACAAAAUGAAGACCUCGUGGCUUCUUCCAGCCCUUUCCCUCAUCUCAACUGCCCUCUCAGCCGAAACAAUCCCCUUCCACGAACCUGUGGCCACUUCAGAACAGAAACGAGCUUUCGAAGUCCUCCAAGUCCUCAAAAAGCGAGUCGCCAAUAACUGUCCCGGAGGCUACAAUCCCUGUUCAAACCUCAACAACCUCAACGUCUGCUGCCGCACCGACGCCCACUGCGCCCGCGAUGGAGCCAACAACAUCGCCUGCUGUCCGAACGGAGCCAGCUGCACAGGCAGCCUCGCCGCAGCGACAGGGACGACAAGCAGCUUCAUGUUCCCGCAGACUGCGACCGCGACGGCAACGGGCGAUGCGACUUCGACGACGGAUGGGAUUUCGAUUACAGGGUCGACUAUGAACGGUGCUUAUCCGUUUAUCCACGUGCCGACGACUUUUGCGGAUGCAGCCACCUGUUCGGCCUAUUAUUCGAGAUGUCAGAAUGACUACACCCAGUGUACUUCGAGCUUGGGGAAUAACGGACAAUAUGCGGUUACUGUGGCUGGAGAUAACGGGGCCGGGGUUACGGUUCAGGGAGGAGAAGCGACGCCAGUGGUAUCUGCUUGCUCGAAUUUGAGGCUGCAGGCGUGCCAUGGGUUGAACUUGGGCUACUGUGAUGAUGCUUACGGCUCGGGAAAUGGUAAUGAGAAUGCGGCGGCGUCGUUCCGGGGCCCGGCGAGUCUAACGGACCUUAUGUUCGGGAUGGUUGUUGGUGUUGCUGGGAUGUUUAUCUGAUGGUAAUAAUGGCCAUGGCUAUGAUUAUGACGACUACGAUAAUGCUAUAUUAAAAACAUGUGCUAUGGGGAUUUCUAGCUUGAGCAGCUCUUGUUUACCUUUUCACUGUCUAUAAUGCAGAACAAUCAUGAAAAUAGCAACCAGGCGAGGCUCACCGCCGAAUGGCUUUCAGCUAGAGCUUACCCCUACAGGCACCGUACCCCAUACGUCUUCGCUGGCAGAGCAAUCACAAAAUACCCCAUACACCGUUUUCUUGUCAAUGGAUUGUGGGAU